AUGGCCGAACAACAUUGGAACAAUUGGAAUGGCGCUCGAUCUGGUAAGUCUUACAUUUGAAAGUGUAUGUCUAGGUUUAUCUUAUUGUAUGUUAUAUUGUUUUAACUGUUUUGUUCAGAACAUGCGGUCAGUAAUCCAAUCAUGGUGCAAGGUGCCGGUCCUCAGGGAUCUCAUCUAAUGUCUCCUCGGUCGGUAGGAGAGCAGUCGGUAGUUUACCAUCAAAUGGUCGAGAAUGUGCUUAGCUCUUCACCGGGAAGUAUCAACAACAGAGAUAUGAAGUUUGUAAGUUUGUAUUCAAAUUAUUAUUGUUUAAUUUUUAGUUUCGAGGACACAAACCGGCAGAGAAGACGACAACGAAGCCUGUCAAGGUGAAUAACAACGACAAUUCUAGGUGAGCGGGGUUGAUAAUGAAAUUAUAUUUUAAAGGUCAUUCUUAAAGGUAUUUUGACGAUUUUCACUUUGCUAAUUUUAAUUUUUUAGUUUCCAAACGUUUUUUUAUUAUAUAUUAUUAACUUCGGUUUUAAGUGAUCAAGCCACGCCUGUAGAGGGAUCUCCUGUUGAAGAUGGGGCUUUGGCCGAAAGAGUGCAACCGUCUGGACCAGUUCCUAUUCCGUUUACUGGAGCUGAAGUACAGCCAAUUGCCGGGGCGACUCCAGAGUUCAGUCAAGUAUGUUUUUAUUAUUUUGAGAAUUUAUUGUGUCUCUAUAAUUUUAUUUUUGCGUGGUUUGCAGGUUUUUUUUAAAUAAAAUGUUUUAGUUUCCAUUGGUGUAUCCAGGCCAGAAUCCUGUUCAGUACAUUGCUGGGAAUGGUGCUCCUUUUGGUACUCCCCCUUCAAAUUAUGGCUACGGUUCUUGGAGUGCUGUUUAUCCAUCUCAGAAUGGAGGUAAGCCGAUUUUAUUUUUUUUUGUUAACGGAGUAAUAUUAAAAAUUAUUAUUAAAUGGUUUUAGGUCUUCCUCGAGGAACUCCACCAACUUCUCAAAUCUUCUCAUCUUCUCCACCAAUGCCACCUAAUAUCUACCCGAUUGGCUAUCAGCCAGCGCCUCCAAGAGGCAUUCAAGGCAUUUCAAAUGCAAUGUCCCAAAUGAAUAUUGGUGCAAAUGCGCCUACACGACGGGAUUCCUUUACUACUUCACAGCCAAGACAGUUUCCUGCUCAGGUAGCCCAGAAUGGGUAUUAUAUGGUGACAGCUAACGCGGCUUCACCGCCGGUCUCGAUGGGAUCAUCACCUAAUCACGUUAUAUGUAAGUUUGGCUUCGUCUUUAAAUGUGGUUUUGUGAAGUGUUACUUAAAAUAUAACUAUUAAUGUUUCAAAACUAACAUUAAAUUUAAAUAUAUUUUAGAUAAUGGUAUGUAUCCGAAUAGUACAAUAAACAAUGCUAAUGUUCAUGGGCCUCCGAAUGUUGUCUACCCUCACAUGGCUCCACCUCAAUCAAGGCAAGUGUUUAAUGGCCCGCCGGGAUCGGGACAGCCGAUACCGUAUGCCAACAACGCUCAAGUCGCUUCACAGCGGCGAAACGGAAAUCUUCCUACUACGAAUAUCAAUCGUCCUCAGAAUGUUCACGUAGUAGCUGAGGCGGAUAAACCUAUAACACAUUCUCAGAUGCUGGAAGAGUUCCGAAACAGCAGACUUCCGCACCUUCAGUUAAGUGAUCUCGGUUCUCAUGUUGUGGAGUUCGCUCGAGAUCAACAUGGAUCUAGAUUUAUUCAGCAGAAGUUAGAAAGGGCUAGUCUUCGGGAGAAACAGAUCAUCUUUGAUGAAGUUAUAGCCAACGCUAGCAUACUGAUGACAGAUGUGUUCGGUAACUAUGUUAUCCAGAAGUUCUUUGAACACGGAACACAAGAACAGAAGAGUCAGCUGACGGAAGCGAUCAGAGGCAACGUUAUGCAGCUUGCGCUUCAGAUGUAUGGAUGUAGAGUGAUUCAGAAGGCUUUGGAGUCGAUAGAGUCUGAUCAUCAACUGGCUUUGCUGAAGGAAAUGGAAGGACAAGUGAGUUCUUGUUAUAUGUUUUGAGUUUAGGUUUUAAAUUGUCGUUGAGAUUGGAAAUUUGGUAUAGGAAAUGAAUUAGUUAAAGAGUUGAGUAAUAAGUUAUUAAGUUUUUUAUUGUAGGUUUUGAAAUGCGUCAAAGAUCAGAAUGGCAACCACGUUGUUCAAAAAGUAAUUGAGAAAGUGGAGCCAGCUAAGCUUCAGUUUAUAAUCGAUGCUUUUGUAAACUCAGGACAAGGAACGGUAAGAUUUUUAUUAUUGAGAUUAGGAUUUUAUGUUAGUUGUCAUAACGUGUUGUACAGACUAAAAUCAACUUAUAGUGAGGUAAUAAUAUUUCAGAUUAAAAGUUUGUCAACUCAUCCAUACGGUUGUCGUGUGAUUCAACGUGUACUUGAACAUUGUACGGAAGAACAGAAACGACCAGUUCUCGAACAACUUCAUCGGAACAUCAAUGAACUGAUCAUCGAUCAGUACGGGAACUACGUUGUCCAACACAUUAUUGAGCACGGGGCUGAUGCAGAUCGGGACCGAAUUGUUAGUCAGAUUAAAGGAGAUGUUCUCAAGUUUGCCAAACACAAGUUCUCGUCAAAUGUUAUCGAAAAAUGUUUGAUUUGUGGUAACAACAACCACAAAACUGCACUGAUUACUGAGGUUUGCGGAGAGUGAGUUUGCCCUUACUUUUAGUUUGUUUUCUAACUGUUUUUUUAUAUGUUGAUUAGAUUAAUCUCUUAUAUUGUUGUAUUUUAGUGGUAGCGUACCGACCCCUCUGUUGGACAUGAUGAAAGAUCAGUUUGCGAACUACGUUGUCCAGAAGAUGCUGGACGUUGCUGACAGUUCGAACAGGAAGAAGAUCAUGUUGGCUAUCAAGCCUCAUAUUCCAACGUUGAGGAAGUACAGUUACGGAAAACACAUUAUUAGUAAGUUUGAUUUUUAAAUUAAAAAGUCUCGAUCUUUCUUUUUUAAACUAAGAUUUGAAUUUCAGCCAAACUUGAGAAGUACUUCCAAAAACAAAACGGAGUCAGUCCGUUCGCUCAGCCCAUGGACUUCGUACCUGGCAACGAGUUUGUGCAGCAAAGCCAGCCCCCCGUCCUUUACUAG